CACAGAGCUUUUAAUCUAUUCAACAUGCUUAUUUGAGAUGCUUGAAACACAUUUGGGUAUAUGUGCAGGUUAGAAAGAUCCCCAACUUUCAAUCAAAUAUCAAUCUCACUUUUUACCCCUACGUGAAGCGGACUUCUGAAAGUCCAGAAUGUAUCCAAGGGUGUCUAUGAUAUAGCAGAACUGUUAUCUGAGAUGAUUAGGUGUACUAUAUGGGUGGUAUGAGUAAUAGGCUGACCUCAGUUAGGUAGAUCUCCAGACAACACCCAGCAUUACCUGCAUUGGGCACACCGUAAAGACCGGCUAACACACUGUAUCUGCUUCAGCUUCUAUCCCUGCUGUUGAAACUUGUCAAGACAACACUGCCUGCAGCAUCAUGUUGCAGACAAUCCAAGAGUGGCUGUGGUGGGAACGUCUAUGGCUCCCAGUUGGAGUCUCCUGGGCAGAUCUUGUGGACAAAGAUGAUCGAAUUUAUGCCAAAGCCUCUCAGCUUUAUGCCGCGGUGCCCUGUGCUCUCUGCCUUCUCGUGGUCAGAUAUCUAUUUGAAAGGUAUUUGGCCACGCCACUCGCUAAUGUUCUUGAGAUCAGAGACAAGGUGCGACUCAAAGCUGAGCAAAACCCAAUCCUAGAAAAGCACUUUUGCAGCAAAGCCCGGAAUCCAUCACAGGCUGAAAUUUUGUCCCUCUGUAAGAAGACUGGUUGGCCAGAGAGGAGAGUAGAAGUGUGGUUCAGGAGGAGGAGGAACCAGGAUCGAGCUGGGCUUCGGAAGAGGUUCUGUGAGGCGAGUUGGAGAUGUGGAUUUUAUCUUUGUGCAUUUCUUGGUGGACUCUUGGCCCUUUAUGAUAAGCCCUGGUUUUAUGACCUAAGGACGGUUUGGGCAGGGUUUCCUAAACAGUCCAUGCUCCCGUCGCAGUACUGGUAUUACAUCUUGGAAAUGGGCUUCUACCUUUCUCUGCUCCUCAGCCUGACAAUUGAUGUGAAAAGGAAAGACUUUAAAGAGCAGGUGAUUCACCAUUUAGCCACACUGACACUUCUGAGUUUUUCCUGGAUUUCUAACUACAUUCGUAUCGGAACCCUGGUGAUGGCAGUUCAUGAUUCUUCUGAUAUACUGCUUGAGGGGGGAAAGUUGUUUAACUACGCCAAAUGGGAAAAGACUGCUGAUGUCAUGUUUGUGUUGUUUACUAUUGUCUUCAUGGUGACAAGACUUAUUAUUUUUCCUUUCUGGCUCAUCCACUGUACGUGGGUGUACCCACUGGAGUUGUUUGAUGCCUUCUUUGGCUACUAUUUCUUCAACAUCAUGUUGCUGGUUCUGCAGAUUCUUCACAUCUACUGGGCUUUUCUAAUAUCUAGAAUGGCUUACAAGUUUGUUUUCAAUAAGCAACUAGACGGCGAUGUCCGAAGCGAUGAAGAGGAGGAUGACAGUGACUCACCCAAGGAUAUAAAACACAAACUGAGUCACAUGAAUGGUGCCAUGAACGGUGCCAGAGGUCGAGCUAACGGUCACUGAGUCAGACAGAGAAGAAGAAUAGUAUCAACAACGGAUAAAUGGACGUUUUAUUGCUCCAACCUUUGAUCUAGCAGAGGAAUAUUAAUUUUGAUGGAACUGUGAAGGAACCUACAUAGUGUGAUUUUAUUUUAGCCUAAUUGAAAUAUAUAAAAAAUAUAGGAGCUCUUUAAUAUGCUUUCUUUUAUUUUUAUAUGAGGAUAAAAACUGGCAUAAUUAAAAAAAAAAAGAAGGUCAUUUUGAUUCUUAAAAUCACAAGUUUAUACUGUAAACUUUAUACUGCAUCGGUUGAUCAGGCUAUAUGUAUUUAUUACAUGUUAUGAUUUUGUUUUUGUUUUUAGGACACUGUAAAUCAGUAUUUAUAGUUUCAAUGUUAACAAUGUGGGAGGCUGGCAAUGAAAUAAUGGACGCCCACUGUAGUGCUAGCACGCCCUCUAGUGACAGCUGAUAUGAACCGGCCGGAGCCGUGAUCUGUGGAACCGUCGCUAUAGAAACCGUUACACAAACCGUGUAGCGUUUGAAGUCUGACAGUUUACUGGAUAUUUUCUUUGUUUUGAUUGUUCAACUUUUUUGUUGUUGUUGUUAAAAUGUCUUAUAAGAGAAUGAAUCGGCCUCGGGCGAAAACAGGAAACUGGAAUGAAGACAUGAUCAUAGAGGAGGUUUGUUGAAAAUAAAUAGAGGGCGUGUUAUCUGAGCUAGCCAUCACGUUAACAUAUAUAUUAAUUUUAAGGAUGCAGAGGCACGUACAUCAUCUAGAACAGGGGUCACCAGCGCGGUGCCUAGGGGCCAAGGGGCCCUCAAGGACAUCUGCUUUCGGCCUCUUCUGAAAACUGAACAACUAGUGGGCUGUUUAAAUUUUGCAAUUUUAAUUCUGCUGGUCUUUGUUAAUAAUUUAUAUAGUUCAUCAAUAUAUUCAACUUAAAGUGUAUUUAAACAUUUAUAGAGAUUUCAAAAUUUCAAUAUCUAAGCAAAAAUUAGAGAUGAAAAGGAACAACAAAAAUAGUCCUGUAGUUAUAAUGCAUGAAGUUAAGAUGAAGUUUGAUUCCUCCAUUUCAUAGGUCAGUAUUAGUUGUACUUCAGUACCAAUGAAGUAGCUUCUAAGCCUUAAAAAGGUUGGUGACCCUUGGUCUAGAAUUGAAGGUGAACUACGAAUGUUUUAUUUUGUACGGGUGAAAAAAAAAGCUUUUUAAUAGUUUGGUAUCAAUGUUUUAGCCACAUUUCUUAGAGCCUACAGUAAGGUGGGCACAUUAGAUUAAUCUAAUCAACAGCAAUAAAAAAAGAAUCAGCGGAAUGAUAACUAAAAUUAGAAAGCUAUGCACAAUCGAACUUUAUCCGAAAUGUUAUUUUUUACUUAGUCCUAUUUGAAAUGACAUUUUUUUUUUUAAUGUUGU